ACUACCUCUACCUCUAUCAUCUGAACUCUUGACACUACCAGCUACUCUCAUGCCCCUCGUUCAGCAACUCCCCUCCCCGGCCAUAAAGGCCACGAGGCCAUCCUGUACUCCUCCUAUCUCGACGACAUCCCCUACGCUGAUGAGCAAGACAUCGCGCAGUUCACCGUCGAGCAGAUGGAAUCGCUCAUGGACGCAACCAAGGGACUCACAGGCUACGACUAUGACCAUGACUGAUUUCUUACGGGUGUCAGUGUCUAGACAGGCUUUGUUUCCUUCGAUGAAAUGGGGGAUAUGGUUUGGUGCAAGCCAUGCAAUGGGGCAUCGGUUGGGGAGCGUCGCUGGAGUUCAACACGGCAAGUAGCAAUCAUAAUUCGUUAAUAUACAUUAAUAAUAUCCAGGAAUAACAACCUGUAUCCUCCUCCUCCAUGUCCUUUGAUACACCGAACCUAACACACGAGAAAGCCAGGUCUACGUCCACGUCCUCUCCAUCUUCAACGAUGACACUGGGUUGGCACGAAACAUCCGCUGCAGACGCCGUCGCCCGCUUCGUCCGAUUCCUGGGUCUUCCCUCUCGUCUGGCAGAUGUCGGGUAAUAGAGGAAGCACACCACACACUCAGCGACGUUGUGGCGGGUAAGACCGAAUUGCCUGAUCUGGCGGGGUUGAUGGAGAUCCUCCAUGCGGCAAUGUAAGGCUGCGGCCUAUGGUUUAUGGUUUGAUAUGGCUUGCUUGGCCUGUUUCUUCGUCGAAGAUAUGGAAUCCAUAAUCCGCUGCGUUGGG